AGAUGUUGAUUCACAACACUGGCCCACAACAAAUGGCUGCAAAGAAGCCGCCAGCGCCACCCAAAGUGGUCAAGGCCACUGCGGCGCCGCCUCCGAAAUCCUCCAAGCCGCCCAAGUGUCCCGGGGGCGAUAAGGAUAUGAAGCGGAAGCCGGGCUUCUUUGCCAGUGGCGGUCAGCACGCGACGCUCAAUGAUUGCCCAAAGCCGGAGGGCGACUUCAUGAAGGCCUGGUCGGCCAAGAACGGCCGCUACAAUCUCAUCCUGCUGUCCGGCGUUCUGGCAGCUGGGGGAACCGUGGGUUUUGCUCUUUCUUCAGGUAUCCUAUGUCUAAAUUGGACCAUUCCCGAGUAUCCCUACACCGAGGACGAGAUGGAGGAGUUCGAGAUCGAGGAGCAACGUCGGCGGGAGGAGAAGGAGGCGCGCGAGGAGCGCCACCAGGACGCGGUGGAGGCCAGGGAGCUGGGCGUGCGGCGCCGCAGGGCCAAGGAGGCGAUGGAAAGAGAGGUGGACCUGAUGCAGCGCGACAUGGACGGUGGCAUCACCGACGCCGAGUUGGAUGAGCUGCAGCGCCUGGCCGCCGAGCGCGGGGCCUUCGAGCUGUGGGAAAAGGACGAACUGAAGCGGCUCGAUGAGCAGCAGAAGGAGCGCGAGAAGAUCCGCAAGGAGAAGGCCAAGAUUCAGGCCGAGAGGGACAAGGAGCGCGAAAAGAAGCGGAAGGAGAAGGAGGCGCAGCUCGAGAAGGAGGAGGCCGAGCGCGAGAAGGCUCGCGAAAAGGCGCGCAAGGAGCGCGAGAAGGCCGAAAAGGAGAAGCAAAAGGAGAAGGAGAAGGCCGAGAAGGAGGCCGAAAAGGCCAGGAAGGCGGCCGGAUAAUAGAUCCUUCUACCCUCAAGUUAAAUUUACUUUGCUGGCAGUAACAAAACCAUAACAGCUAUGAAAAUGUUUCAGUGCGGCAAAUACAAAAGGACAUCCAAGGAAUAUAGCCCCCUAAACAAUGAAAAUACUGUUUAAUAAAUUAACAAAAUUGGUUGCUGUUGGCCUGAGAAAUUUUAGAAUUGUUUUCUGUAUCUAUAAAAUGGGUUUCUU